AUGGUUGCAACAGAGCUGAAAAGAGUAGCGGCCGGUGGAGGAAGAGAGCAGCGUUUCUUCCGGACACGAAGAACACAGAAGAAGUCUCACAAGAAGCUUCAAGUUGUCAUCUGUGUGCUGCUGGUGGAGCUGUGUGAAAGGUUUACAUUCUUUGGGAUUGUGUGUAACAUGAUUCUGUUCUGCACCGUGAAGCUUGGCUAUGACAACAACCUGGCUGCAACCAUCAACCUGUGUUUCAUAGGAGCCAGCACCCUGACCCCUGUUUUUGUUGGCUGGGUUGCAGAAACCUGCUUAGGAAGGACUAAGGUUCUUUACUUGUGUUCUUUUCUUCACUUCUUUGGCACAGCCAUGCUGCCAGUGGUUGCCUUUCCAUUUGAGGAUUUCUACAUUGAUACUCAUCACAUGACCCACAAGCUGGACCCCAUGGAGCAGCAGAUCUUUUUUUACAUGGGCCUCCUGGCCGUCGCACUGGGCAUCGGUGGCAUCAGGGCCAUCCUCUGUCCGAUGGGGGCCUACAGCCUGCAGAGCUACAACCAGCACCAGCUCCUGUCGUUCUUCAACUGGUUCUACUGGUUGGUGAAUCUCAGUUCCACUGUUGUGUUCUUAGGCAUCGCUUACAUCCAGCAGUCUGUGGCCCAAAACCUGGGCUUCCUCAUCCCUUUCACCUCUGUUCUGCUAGCACUCAUCGCCAUCCACAUGAUGCGCAAUAAACUCACCUACAAACCCAAGAGAGGUGGAUCCUUACUGACCACACUCGGAGUUUUCCUGAACUCUUUCAAAUUGUGCUGCCUCCGUCAUCACCACCUGAGUGGACAUGUGGUGUCCUGGCUGGACCGGGCCAAGGAGAACAAUGGCGGGCGUUACAGCGAGACCCAUGUAGAAAACGUCAAGGUCUUGGUGAAACUCUUCCCUCUCUAUGGGCUUCAGCUGCUGUAUAGAGUCUGCAUCACACAGAUUCCCUCAGGUUACUACAUACAGACAAUGAACUCCAACCUCCACCUCAAUGACCUUCUGUUGCCCAUUGGUGCCAUGAAUGUCAUCAGCAUCCUACCUCUGCUGCUCUUAGCCCCAGUGAUGGAGUUUGUGGCCACCUACUUCCUCUCCCUGGAGAGAACUCCGCCUGCACCUGCACGAGUCAUAACUUUGGGCCAUGCAUGUGCUGCUAUGUCUGUCCUGGUGGCAGGUUUGGUGGAGAUUCACAGGAAGGCCUACCCACUGGUGGAGCAGACCCUGUCCGGAAAGGUCCUGCAUGUGUCAUCCAUGCCUUGUUUCCAGCUGGCACCUCAGUACAUCCUUCUCGGUGUAGCUGAGGCCCUUGUCACUCCUGCAUGUUGCCUUAUAUCCUUCCAGCUGAUUCCGAGCCACAUCAGGGGGAUCUCGUUGCACUUUCUCACUUUAUCCUAUGGAGGGGGCUGUUUACUCGGUGCUUUCAUCAUUCAGCUGGUGUAUUUUUGCUCUGGAGGAAACUUCUACCCUAACUCUCUGCAUGAAGGAAACCUGGAGAAAUUCUUCUUCCUUCUGGCUUCAUUGAUGACGAUAAAUACUUUCCUGUUCUGGAGAAUAUCAUAUAGGUACAUGGAUCUGAGUGUUCAGGGUAAACCCAUGAGCAGCAGCUCUCUGUCUGAGAAGCUGCUGCAUUAUAAGGCCACACUGCGCUUCUAUGAUACCAUUGAACAUUUCUCCACCGAUUCUGUUCUAUGA